CCAUCUGCCGACAACGAGACUGCGGCAUGGUAUUCUUUACAAGCGUGGCUCGUAGUGGUCGCCAAAGCUGCAGCAGAGUCUAACGGCGAACUCACAUUUUAGGAAGGAGAAGAUAUAAGCAUACAAACGAUGGAAGACAUAUAUCCUGCAACGGGCUGUCGAAUGCCUUCGUUCAUCUGGUCGCAUUUGGUCGCAGAGCAACAUGCGAUAUCUUUCUCUGAUCGGGGCCUUCGUGGCAUCGUGUUCCUCAUCUCCAUUGGCAACCCCACAUGUACUCCACGAAAGCAGAGAUAUAUUACCGCAUGGCUGGGUGAAGAGAGAUCGGAUCCAUGGAGCUACGGUUAUACCCAUGCGAAUUGCCCUGUCACAAAGUAAUCUGGACAAGGGAGAGGAGUGGUUGAUGGAAGUCUCGCAUCCAACCUCUGAGAAAUAUGGCAAGCAUUGGUCGCCGGAAGAUGUUGCAGCUGCAUUCGCUCCCAGUGACUCCGCAGUUCAGGCUGUCAAAGAUUGGCUGUCAACAUCAGGCAUUGCUGGUGAACGCAUCAAACAAUCUCAAAGUCUUGGCUGGCUACAUUUCAAUGCUACUAUCGAUGAAGCCGAAAACUUGUUGAAGACAAAGUAUCACAUUUAUGAGCAUGGAGAGACUGGUCAACCGCACGUGGCUUGUGAAGACUACAGCAUUCCGGCCAACUUGAAGGACAAGAUCGACUUCGUCACGCCAACUCUGCACUUCGACCUCAAGCUGAAGCCGAGAAACGAGAAUGCCGAGAGACGCGAUAUGCAAGAACAUGUCAAACCGGGAAACCCAAAUGGUGGCAAUAUCCCGAAGUUUCAGCCUAUCGCCAAGAGCAGUAUCAUCAAGGAGUUGACCGAUUGUGACAAGCAAAUCACACCAAAUUGUCUGCGUGCGCUCUACAAGUUCCCUCCCGGUCUGACAGCCAAUCCCAAAAACAGCUAUGGUAUCGUCGAGUACACUCCGCAAGCCUACGUCCCUAGUGACCUAGACCUGUUCUUCAAGAAUUUCAGUACCAGAGAAGUCGGAGACCGCCCCAUUCUUCAAUCGAUCGAUGGAGGAGUUGUGCAACAAGAGCAAACCGGAUUCAGUUUCAACGGCGAGAGUAAUUUGGACUUGGAGUAUGGCAUGGCUCUUGUCUAUCCACAGAAGGUCACUCUGUACCAAGUCGGAGAUGAGAUCGAAGGUGCUUCUUUCAACGAUUUCUUGGACGCGCUUGAUGCUUCGUAUUGUACUUACGAAGGUGGUGAUGAUCCGUCUCAAGAUGCUGCAUACCCAGAUCCCGCAGCCGGAGGCUACAAAGGACCGAAGGCAUGCGGAGGCUUUACUGCAACGAAGGUCAUCUCGACGUCCUAUGCCUACAACGAAGCUGACUUGACGCCUUUCUACGAGCAACGACAAUGCAACGAAUACAUGAAGUUGGGUCUGAUGGGCACAUCCGUCCUCUAUUCGAGCGGCGACUAUGGCGUCUCCGGCAACCAAGGCCAAUGCAUUGGUCCAACAGGAGAAUACCAAGACCAGUCUCUCGGAGGUCGCUUCAACCCUUCCUUCCCAGGAACUUGUCCCUACGUUACCGCUGUUGGCGCCACACAAGUCAAACCCGGCGUCAAUAUCCUGACAACACCUACCCAACCCGAACAAGCCUGCGAAACCGUCAUCUACUCCGGCGGCGGCUUCUCCAACGUCUUCCCUCUGCCAUCUUACCAGUCCUCAGCAGUCAAAUCCUACUUCGCGAACCACCUGCCGCCAUACACCGCUGCGCAAUACAACAACAGCCAGGCCACGCGAGGUUUCCCAGACAUCUCCGCGAACGGAGCGAAUUACGUCGUCGCAGUCGAUGGUAGCUGGAGUUUAGUUUUCGGAACAUCUGCUUCUUCGCCAACACUCGGAUCGAUCCUCACGUUGAUCAAUGAAGCGAGAUAUGCGAUUGGCAAAGGGUCGAUUGGUUUCAUCAAUCCUGUUGCAUAUGCUCAUCCAUCUAUGUUCCGCGAUGUCACUACUGGCGGGAAUAAGGGGUGUAACACGCCUGGAUUUUCUGCUGUGAGCGGAUGGGAUCCUGUGACUGGUCUGGGGACGCCGAACUUUGCAUUGAUGCUGGCAACCUUCUUAGCAUUGUAGAUGUUUGGAUAUCUGGGCUUGAGUUUGUGUGGAGG